AUGACUAACUCAGCAAAGACUUUAUAUGAUAAGGUGUUUGAAAACCAUAUAGUUCACAAAGAUGAAUCUGGUUCUUACUUACUUUACAUUGACAGACAUUUAGUCCAUGAGGUUACUUCUCCUCAAGCAUUUGAAGGUUUAAAAAAUGCUGGUAGAUCUGUCAGACGAGUGGACUGUACUUUAGCUACGGUGGAUCACAAUAUUCCUACCACUCCAAGAACCAACUUUAAGGAUGUUGAAACCUUUAUUGAACAAGAGGAUUCUAAAUUGCAAGUACAAACCUUAGAACAGAACGUCAAAGAUUUUGGUGUCACCUAUUUCGGAAUGUCUGAUUCCAGACAAGGUAUAGUUCACAUUGUCGGACCUGAGCAAGGAUUUACCUUACCAGGUACAACAGUUGUUUGUGGUGAUUCUCACACAUCCACCCACGGAGCUUUUGGAUCCUUAGCCUUUGGUAUUGGUACUUCUGAAGUUGAACAUGUUUUGGCUACGCAGACUAUCAUUCAAGCCAAAUCCAAAAACAUGAGAAUCUUUAUUGAUGGUGAUUUAUCUAAAGGCAUUACUUCUAAAGAUUUAAUUUUACAUGUAAUUGGUGUUAUUGGUACUGCUGGUGGUACUGGAAGUGUGAUUGAAUUUGCUGGUUUGGCUAUUGAAAAUUUAUCUAUGGAAGCUAGAAUGUCUAUUUGUAACAUGGCUAUUGAAGCUGGUGCCAGAGCGGGUAUGAUCAAACCUGAUGAAACAACCUUCGAGUACAUCAAGGGUAGACCUUUAGCUCCAAAAGGUGAACAAUGGGAUAAAGCCGUUAAGUAUUGGAAAACUUUACACUCUGAUGAUGGUGCUCAUUUUGAUGAUGAUAUCCACAUCAAGUCUACUGAUAUUGUGCCUACGAUAACGUGGGGUAACUCGCCUCAAGAUGCAUUACCCAUCACUGCCUCUGUUCCAGAUCCUACCAAAGUAUCUGACCCAAUUGUGAAAUCGGGUAUGGAAAGAGCCUUGAAAUAUCAAGGUUUGAUCCCUAAUACUCCUUUGAAAGAUAUCCCUAUCGACAAGGCUUUUAUUGGCUCUUGUACUAAUUCAAGAAUUGAAGAUUUAAGAGCAGCAGCUAAAGUUGCAAAGGGCCACAAGAAGGCUGAUAAUGUUAAAGAAGUCUUAGUCGUUCCCGGUUCUGGUUUGAUCAAAGCGCAAGCUGAACGGGAAGGUUUGGACAAGAUCUUCGAAAAAGCCGGAUUUAAAUGGAGGGAAGCUGGUUGUUCGAUGUGCUUAGGUAUGAAUCCAGAUAUUUUGGACCCAGAAGAAAGAUGUGCAUCCACUUCUAACAGAAACUUCGAAGGUCGUCAAGGUGCAAGAUCCAGAACUCAUUUAAUGUCUCCCGCCAUGGCUGCCGCAGCUGCCAUAAAAGGACAUUUCACCGAUAUCCGUGAAUUUGAUUAUGUGGAUGUUGAUGAGCCAGUUAUGACCAUUGGUGAAAACGAAGACAAGGAAUUACAAGCUGCUGUAUACGAGCAUGAAAAAGAGCAACUCAACAAUGAUUCUGAAUCAGUUGAAGAACAACUUUACGAUAUUCCAAAGGAACCUGAAGCAAAGAAGCAUAAACCCGUCGCCGAAGAGAAUCCAGAUGGUGCAAACACUUCAAAUGUUGAAGCCAUGAGUAAGUUCACUACUUUAACUGGUAUCACUGCUCCUUUAGACAAGGCCAAUGUCGAUACUGAUGCUAUCAUUCCCAAACAAUUCUUAAAGACCAUCAAGCGUACUGGUUUAAAGAAUGGUUUGUUUUAUGAAUCGAGAUUUGUGAAAGACGAACACGGAAAAGAUGUUGAAACCGAUUUUGUCUUGAACGUCGAUCCAUAUCGUGAAGCUGACAUCUUGUUAGUCACUGGUGACAAUUUUGGAUGUGGGUCCUCUAGAGAACAUGCUCCAUGGGCUUUAAAAGACUUUGGAAUUAAGUGUAUGAUUGCUCCUUCUUUUGGUGAUAUUUUUUACAACAACUCUUGUAAGAAUGGAUUACUACCUAUCAGAAUUCCACAAGAGGAUAUCUUAUCUAAAUUGCACCCAUUAGCUAAAGCGGGUAAGAAGUUGACAGUUGAUUUGCCAAAGCAGCAAAUAAGAAAUGGAGAAACUGAUGAGGUUUUAAUUGAACAUUUUGAGAUUGAAGAAUUCAGAAAGCAUUGUUUGGUCAACGGGUUAGAUGAUAUUGGAUUGACCAUGCAAAAAGAAGAAUAUAUCCAAAAGUAUGAAGAGCUCAGAAGAGACAUUUAUUCGUUCUUGGAGGGUGGAUCCAAACUUAUCAAGCCUAUCAAGGGAACUAAGAAAUCCAAGUUUGGAGUCAAAGCUCAAGAAUGGUAG